UAGGUUUGGGUCUUAUUGUUGCAUUUUCAUCAAAAGAGGUUUCAGCUUUGGGCAACAUUCUGUCCGAAGACGGUAUGUCCAUGGUUGAACUAAAUUGUCACCUUUUCCAUUUUUCCGUAGAUACAUACUGACCAGAGAAGACGAUAAAUUGUACCAUGGACUACUCAAAUACUACUACAAACAUGCAUUCAUUUGCCAACUCAACAGCCUACAACAACACAGGUGUCGUCAACUGCAGCAAUGAUACAAGAGGCUCAUGGCCACAACCUCCCUCACCAACGCACGAAUUAGUGUUUGUAUGCAUCGGACAGUUGGUGGCAGGUAUAGGACUGCUUGCAAACUUUCUUGUGAUCUACAUCAUCGCGAGAUACCCGGCCAUGCGAACCGUCCCUAAUGUGUUUGUGUUAAACUUAGCGGCCGCGGACGCUCUGUAUUGUUGCGUGACACCUCUUUACACAGUGUAUGCUCUCCACGUAGACUGGAUACUUGGUAAUGCGAUGUGUAACGUCUACUUCAUCAUGGAGUACGUUAGUGCGUUCUGUAGCGUCUGGUUCCUGACUGCUUUGAGCAUCGAACGAUACAAGGCCGUCACAGAUCCGAUAGGACACUCACAGAAGAUCUCCCAGAAGAAAGCCUGGGUAGCUAGCGUUGUUGUUUGGUUCUUUGGUUUAGUUGCUGCAUCGCCGACUCUGGUUUUCGUGAAAACUGCCGUUCAUGCUUUCUCCUGUGAGUCGGGAGGCAAAAUUCAUCACGUAACCCAGUGCGAUGUCUUGGCUCCAGAAGGCAUACCAGAAGAACUCUUAAAUAAACUCCGUGGCAUGUACGGGUUUACAAUAACCUUCGUAGUGCCGUUGUGUAUCAUCAUACCUCUGUAUGUUAUCAUAUGGCGCAAACUGCGGGAAAAGAAACCGUCUACUCUAUCCAUGCAUCUAAUCAGGUCCAGGAACAGAGUAACCAGAAUGGUUGCCGCUGUUGUAGUCUUCUUUGUUAUCGCCUUGCUCCCCUGGCACACUUACUGGAUACUUCAAUAUUUUAGCUUGAUUCAAAACGUUCCCCACGGUCUGUAUGACGCCUGUUUGGCUCUUUACGUCGCAAAUUCCGCUGUGAAUCCGUUCUUUUAUGCGCUAAUGGGCGAUAAGUUCAGACGGUAUAUCAAUAUUGUGUUUUGUAGAUGGCGUCUCUGUAGAAAUAAUACUCGACAAAAAAGACGGGUGCGGAAAGAGUUCAAUAUCCAGUUUGGAUCUCCGCAGUCAGAAACAGUUGUGCCCCAUGAUACACGGCUGUAGAAUGCAAUUUUACGUUUCCGUUUUCUAUAUAUAGCAUUUUCUAUGUUUUCUAUGUUUU